ACCAAAAAAAACACAUAAAGGGAACUGAUACUCAGCUUUGUAGUUUGUGUGUGGCUCUCUUUUCUUAUCCCUUCCCAACUCCACUUCUUAACUUAAGCUUUUGCAAUGCCCCCAGCUAACAGAGCUCACUAACAUGUCAGAAGAAGAAGAGUCAGUGUUGCCGAAGAAGAUGAAGUCGCAGACCAUCCAAACUCUUCAUGACACAAUAGAUCGUGAAUGGAGUGCGCUUCAGCGCACAGCGUGCCAGACCGCCGCAGGGAGAGCUCUAUGGAACCAUGUGAUCCAUGACCCGGUGGCCGACGUCCUCGCCGGCGAGAGCUUCCUCAAAAGCCUCCGAGAAAAGAUUAGUAAGGAUAAGCUUAACAAUGCGCGUGAAGUUUCAGGGGUGAUACUCGCUGUCAGGACCCUGUGGUUUGAUUCAAAGCUUGAAGCUGCUAUCAAAUCAUUUGGAGAAGGGGAAGCACAGGUUGUUCUUCUAGGUGCAGGUAUGGAUGCAAGAGCCUACAGGCUGAGCUGCCUGAAAGAAAGCAAUGUCUUUGAAGUGGACUUUGCAGAGCUAUUGCAGAUAAAAGCCUCUCUUAUGCAGGAAGCAAUGGGAUCUGCUGAGCAACAGAGAAAGGCGAUGGUAGCAAAAUCUGUGACCAGUGUGGCUGCUGAUAUUAGAGAUGGAGAUUGGCUUGAGAAGCUGCAGGUGUCUGGUUUUGCUCCAGAGAAAAGUACAGUGUGGUUGUUGGAAGGUAUACUAUAUUACCUCCCUCACCUCAAUGCAAUGGAAGUGCUUCAGACCAUUGCAGCCAAAACUUUGCUGACAAAGACGGUUCUUCUUGCGGACUUCAUGAAUGAAUCCUCGGCCUCACUCUCCCUUUCCACUUACCACUUCUAUAGCGAUUGGCCAGACCAACUGCUGGAAGCUCUGGGCUUUCCCAAUAUCAAGCUUUCUCAGAUCGGCGAUCCUGAUGCCAAUUUUGGCUUGCUUCAUGACCCUCAGAAUUUGUUCAAUAGGCUCAGAAGCUUGCCAAGAUCAACAAAGACAAAUCCAGAGGAUGGUACACCUUGUCGUCGGCUGUAUCUCGUAGAAGCUUCAGGGUCCCCUAAACAGAGUAUCUAAGGAAUAAACCUCCUUGCAGUCAAUACGUAUAGAAAUUAGUAGGAAUGUUUCCAAAUAUUCUAGUAGCAAGCAAGUCUAUAUAGACCAAGAUAGAUAACUAUAUGUUUGACAUUGGUAAUAAAAGGUUUAAGAAGAAAUAUCAAUAUCUUUAAGUGGCUAACGAUUCAGCCACCGUUUGAAUUUCUUCUAACCAAUGUUUACAAGGCAAUCAAUAUUUCAGUUAUUCGUUUGAGACAGUUUUGAUAGUGCUUUCUACAGCAACUUUUAAGCACAAUUUUUUUUUUUUUUCAAAUCAAUGAAAAAACAGUAAUAAAAGAUUGCCAGAUAUAAUAAAAGAUUGCAGAGUGGAUGGUGGCGCAGGUUUGGAUUGUGUCCUUGCAGCAUGACACCAGAGAGAGUUCAAUAGCAUUAUACCAGAGAACAAUGAAGGAAUGUAGAACCAGCUCUUCUAUUUCUCGUCUUCUGUUUCUUAGGGCAGGUUUGUAAGCCUUCGCGAUAAGUUUCUUGCCUAAUAUCAUGUUCAGUUCCACAACAAGGCCCACUUUCUUGUUUUCUUGUCUGUCAUGUAAGUUUGAAUGUUAUUAUCAAGUUGAUUACUUGCUUAUUA